AUGAAUGACAACGACUUUGAUCAAGUACCAUCGGUUAUAUUCAACAAUGUUGAAAGUAUCCCUAGAAUUGGUAUUCCAGGAAUCAUUAUACCACAAACAGAUGACACACGGGCAAUACUAUGUGGCGAGGAUUCUCAAAAUUGUUUAAUGAUUGCAACAAGAUUUGGUCAAGGACGAGUGAUUAUUUGCGCUCAUAAUGGAUAUGUUGAGAAAUUCCUACCACCUAUUGAAGAAGAUUAUAGAAUAUUUGUUGAAAAUUGUAAAAGAUGGUUAGUACCAAAUGGCAAGAUAAGGAAUGAUCAAGUCGUAUCAAUUGAUAACGUCAGUUCACUGCAAGACGUCUUGAAAAAAGCGAAGAUUCUACUAUGGGAUGGUCACUGUGAUAAAAGUGAACCAUUUAUGAACGAUUUAUGUGAAUAUCUUCAAAAUGGUGGUGGAUUGGUAUGUGCGGCAACUGCAUGGGGCUGGUUACAAACACAUCCGGGAAAGCAAAUAUCGGACUUUCCAUUCUCAAGAUUUUGCGAUUAUUUGGGAGUACGUUUGACGGACGGAUAUAAUAAUUGUACCGAUUCAAUACCACCUCGUCUUGAAUUAGUCAAAUUUAAGAAUAUUAAUCACGUUGUAAAACAACUACAGUAUGAACCGAAUAAAAGUGAAUACAUGGCGAUUGUUGGACAUGCGAUUCAAGAAUUACAUGAUACGUAUCCCGGAUUUCCACUAGAGACGUUAGAAAAUAUUGUUCUAAAUGCCGAGAAAGACGUUAUUCCUGGGGCUAGUUGUCCGAUAACAGACAAAAAAUGUCGAGAAUUAUCAUCUGGUAUAUGUGGAAUUAUGUGUGCACUACCCGGUAUUAAAGCACCUAACAUUAUGAUGUUUCCUGGUGAUUUCAAACAAACACCAAAUAUACACACAAAUGUUUCAUGGCAGAUCAGUUCGCAUACAAGUGAAUGGCAUUGCACAGGUUUUUAUGUUGUUGCCGGCGUACCCAUUCAAAUCGAAGUGCAAGACGGUAAUCCUGAUGGUUGGCAAGUGAGAAUCGGAUGUCAUAACGAUGAUUUAAGAAAUUGUGAAGAAUUAAGAAGAUGGCCAUGUAUAUCGAUUUGUAAACCGUUGACAAAUAAUGUUCAUAUGUGCUCAGCCUACGGUGGUCUGUUGUUUCUUCAAAGUUCAGAAGGAGAUAAUAAUAUUAGUGUUCGCAUUCAUCAUGUUGUUCAAACACCUGUCUAUGAUUUGAAAGAUCCUAAUAGAAAACAAGCGUGGAAACAUCAUCGAAAAACAGAUGGAUUAUGGGCGGAUAUUGCCGGUCGUCAUAUCGUUUUCAAUGUUCCUUCAUCCAGCGUCGUUCACAUUGAUGACUUAGAUUCAGUACUUGAAUUUUGGGAUCGAAUUGUUCUAGUACAUCAUGAGCUCCGAGGUACCCACCCAACACAUCGCGAACGAGUAGUCUGUGAUGAACAACCAUGUGCAGGAUACAUGCACUCGGGUUAUCCAGUUGUAACACAUCUAGAUGUCUGUCUUCCAGAAUCUAAAGAUUUCAUUUUAAAUCUAAAGUGUUUACAAAAAAAUGGCAGUUGGGGUCUGUUUCAUGAACUUGGUCAUAAUAUGCAACGAGAUUGGUGGACAUUUGACGGUACAGGUGAGGUAACUGUUAAUAUCUUCACUCUUCAUGCCAUGGAUACAGUUUGUAACUUGAAACCAUGGAUUCAUACGUGGUUGAAAGAUCAGCUAGACAGUACUAAAAAAUAUAUAAAAAACGGUUCAAAUUUUGAUCAAUGGAAAGAGAAUCCUGGAGUGGCUCUAUUCAUUUAUGCACAAUUAAGUCACGAGUUCGGUUGGGAUGCGUAUAAAGAAGUUUUUCGAAUAUAUGAAAAAACGACACCAACGUUAGAUGAUAAUCAAGAAAAAAUAGAUCAUUGGAUUUUGACAUUUAGUCAAACAGUUGGAUAUAAUUUGGUUCCCUUAUUCAAAUUUUGGGGCUUUCCAAUUUCAAGUUCAGUGAAAAAUUCACUAAGUAAUUUACCAAUUAGAGAAAUCAAUGAUGAACUAAUUAAAAUUGCUCCGAAUCGUUAUCAGUUAUAA